GGUUUCUAUUCUCAAUCGGGCCCUAGAAGACUGUGCUGAGCAAAGGAGGAAGCUAGACCACAGCUUAAAUCAAUGUCAAGCUCUUCUUGGAGAUUGGAAGAUUCAUGCUCCUGAAAGUCCAAAGUUGGAGGUCAGCACAAAGAGUGAAGGUGAGAAUGAGCCUGCAGCCAAGGAACUUGAGGAACUGGAGCUGCUCACUAGAGCCUUGGAGAAAGUAUUAAGAGUCCGGAAAAGUGUCCUGCAAACUCCAUUGCAGACUGUGGGAGCUGCAGAAGGAGAGAAGACUUCAGAUAAAAAGCCUGCUGCUAAAGCAUCUAUAACAGAGCAGGUGCCUGUGUCUAAGGAGAGCAUUCCUAAGACCAUCAAAGUGACAUCUUUGAGCAAAAAGCCUGUCACUUCCAAAAAGGCAUCAGCAUAUGUGCUGAAAGCUCCCUACCGGACUGACCCGGAUGUGAAAAGAAGCCACAGGAAAGCACUAGCCCAGCAGAGCUCUAGGAUCCCAAGGGUAGCUGUGAAGGGCUCCACUAAAGGAACUUCCUCCCAGCAAGCAAAGACGAAUGUACCGGUCAUGGGUCGGAAAGUGAUCUAUGCGGCUGCAGGAUCCCAGCAGGCAUGUGGUUCACCCAGAUCUCCCCUGUGCAAAGAGCAAAGCUUUGCCUUUGGGGACUCAACCAACCAUGAGAACUCAGGAGCAGCCAACCUCCAGUUAGUCAAUCCAGAGAAGAAUUCUCCUGGUUCCUUGGCAGAGUCACUAGUGACACAGAAUCCCAUGGCAGGAGAUAUUCCAGAGUGGAGUCCCACACCCCAAACAUGUACCCUCUGGGAAAAGAGGUCCUUGCUGAAGCUGCCUCCUCUCUAUAGGAAAACGUAUUCCAGGAAUUCCAGCUCAUGGGUGGAGACCAUUCAAACAUCUCACAGCUGGCCAAUCGAUUUCCAUACCUGCAGGCUGUGGGAGACAUGUUGUCUCUGUCAAACCAGUGCAGCUGCAGCUGCCACAAGGAACCAUUUUGUAGAGAGAAUACAGACAACGUUUUGUCCAUCUACUCCAACCAUAAGUCCUGCAGAGAUAGAAGAGGAAAUAAAUGUCCUACAUGAUGCUUACUCCCUUUUGAGUCACCGUUUCAAAGCCGAAAACACAGGCCAUACAACAUGGCAGAGUGAGUAUGAAUGUCUUCUAACUCUGGAAGGUCUGCAAACCACAGUAUCCCAGUGUCUGAACAAGCUGCAGCAGUUGCGAAGAGCUGCAGAGUCACAGGGGAGGCUACAAGCAUGCUGCACUGGGGAUGCAGGAUGCCCCUCUGCAGAUUGUACUCCAUUCAGGGGACAGCGAUGUGGAAACAUGAGUGUCUUGGCAGUGCCUCUUCUUUACUACUCCAGUCUCCAGGAGCUGAGAGACAUAACAGCCUUGAAACUGCAGGUGGCAAUGCUUUGCCAGAAAAUCAACGUACAGAAGGUCAUGAUAACUGAGCUUCUUCCAGUCCUGGAAUACAGGCUGCAUCACAAGGAUUCUGUCUCUCAUCUCUACCGUGCUGUUUACACUCUACUCUGUGAAGGUGGCGAACGAUUUCCUGCGCUGGUGAGCGAUGAGCUGUCAGACUGACCCAUCAUCUUGGCUGCUGUCCUGCCAGCCAUUUCCACACCCAGGGAGAGCACUAAUUAGUAAACUUCCACCAAUAACUUUUUCUCUGCCCAUUUAUCAAGCAAAGGGGAGAGAAAAUUAAAUUUCAUGCCUGGUUUCUGAUGCCCUUUCUAAUUUUUUGGUUUUUUUAAUUAUCUUCACAAGCUGCACACUCGGGUAUUCUGAAGAGAAAGGCUUUUAAGUACUGUUGUCUGGGAUGAAACCUCGUCAGCACUUUUCCACGAGUACUGGAACACUUUUUCUGGAUUACCCCAAAUUGUGACCUUGUCUGAGCCAUCAAGUUAAGCAGGGUUGAGCUACACUAGUACUUGACUCGGAUGUACAUAGAAAACCCAGAUGCUGCAGGAUGUAGUUCUGAUGAACCAGGAGAUGGUGCUCUUUCCUCUUACUUAGUACUCAAGGUCCUGGCUUUCACAGGAGACUAACCCAAGUUCUGUCCAGUUCAUAACAAUAAAGACGCUAUGGCACUUGUCCUGAGAAUAGCAGUUUGGACCCUACUGUUGCAUCCAAAUUCCAGUUGAAAUUGUUUAUAUAUUCACAAUUAAAUGUGCUAUUCCUCACAUCCUGGCCUUCAACUCUGUAUUGCAGUGCACUGAUUAGCAGCAUCACUUUGGAGAGGAAUAGAAUAUCUGCUCAUAACCACCUUGUGAUCCUUUUGGAUGACAGUAGUCACCAUGUAUAACUAGCAUUAUAAUCACUUCUUGGCUGUCCCCUGGCCCUUGUUAUGUUUAAGGUCACAUUGGAUGUCUUAACUGAACGCCAACCAUUGCUUAAGACAGCAGUCAACAACUUUUCCAACCAUAAGCCAGAGUGACCCAGCUUAGGUCAGAGAGAGAUGGGUGCUAGGACUUAUCUGCCACUGCCACUUCUCUCUCCCACUGGCAUGGAACAAGCCCUUGUUGCUUGACACCACUGAAGCCCCCUGCUGCUGAAUACUGCCAAAGCCCCUCCACAUUCCUCCUCCCCACCAUCCACCAGCUGGAUCCAGUGGCUCCACA